AUGUCUUUGUCCUUAAAUGAGUAUCUCCGCUAUGGGCGACAGCUCAUAGUGCCUGAGUUUGGUCUGCAGGGCCAGAUAUUGCUGAAGAAGUGUCGUGUGCUAGUUGUUGGAGCCGGCGGUCUUGGGUGUCCAGCUUUGCAGUAUCUUGUUGGAGCUGGUUUUGGGACGGUAGGAAUUGUGGAUCACGAUACCGUCGAUGUGUCGAAUCUCCACAGACAAAUCUUGCACACGUCAGAAUCAGUGGGGAUGUUGAAAUGUGAGUCUGCAAAGCUCCAGCUUGCCAAACUCAAUCCUUUGGUGCAAAUCAAUACUCAUCCGGUGGCUCUCAGUCCGGAUAACAGCUUUGGAAUUUUCGAACAAUAUGAUAUGAUUUUGGACUGCACAGACACUCCUGCCACCCGGUACUUGAUCAAUGAUACUGCCGUGCUACUUGGUUUGACAGUUAUUUCUGGAUCUGGUCUCAAGACGGAGGGUCAGUUAUCCAUUCUCAAUUUCAACAACACUGGUCCUUGUUAUCGAUGUUUCUACCCUACACCACCACCUCCUAGCUCUGUGACUGCUUGCAGCGAUGGAGGGAUCAUAGGUCCAGUUAUUGGAAUUAUGGGUGUAAUGAUGGCACUGGAAGCUAUUAAGGUGGCCACUGGCUACUACUUGAGGGAGGAUGUGGAGUUUCAACCUUUCUUAUCUUUAUACAGCGGUUAUGGCCCAUUGCAAAGCUUACGAACGUUCAAAAUGCGCAGAAGAUCACCCAAGUGCCGUGUGUGCAAUGCCGGAACGCGAGAAAUAACAAGGCACGUGGUAGAAACGGAGCUCGACUAUAGUGUGUGGUGCGGUAAGAUGGACUAUAAUAUUCUUGAGAAGGAUGAAAGGGUAUCUGUGGAGCAGCUUUCUGCGCAGAGAGCGCCCUAUUUGAUCGAUGUGCGGCCUAAAGAGCAGUAUUCGAUUGUCCACCUGCCAAACUCGAUUAAUAUACCACUCAACGAACUGAAACACAUGAGUGCUCUGAAUGUGCCACAGGAAACUAUGAUAUACGUUAUUUGCCGAUUUGGAAAUGACUCGCAGCUUGCAGUGAAACAUUUGAAGAGCAUUGGAUAUGAAAACUGUGUGGAUGUCAUAGGCGGGCUAACACAAUGGUCUCGGCAGAUAGACCCAAAUUUCCCUGUUUACUAAAUCGAUUCCGCGCUCAAGAUUCGUUCUAUCGCCACCAGUCCAUUGGCAAACGAACACGCAAUCAAACCGGAACAGGAAGUCGUGUUUGCCAGCGCACAGCUGGUCACGUUAAUUCUGUUGUCAUAGAUGGAGUGGCUUUCGACGUCUUUCGAAUCCGACGUUACCACAUAUUUGAGAUCCAAACGAAAUUCGUCUUCGCUGACAUCCAUCUUCAUCAAGCGCAAAGACGCUGGAGCCACCUUCAGCUUGGCAGUGCUGUGUAUUCUUCUAAUCGGAUUGUACAAUCUUACCGAACCAUUAACGUAGCCAGCCACGAAAAACGGUGCAAAAUCCGACGCUCCAAUGGAGAACACCUGGUUAUCGUCCCACAAAUUUAGCGUAACGUAGCUUUGGACGUCUUUUUUGCUCACAAACUUUGGCGUUUUUGUGGCAUCUGCAACCACAAACCCAUCAACCAAAGCAGAGUACUGGAUUUGGGUGCACGGGACCUUGGUCUUCUGAGACUCCGCUAUCACUCUCAUGUUAUCCAAAUCAACUAGGUAGUAGUAGAAGUCUGUGGACGAUAUCACCACUAUUCGAGACGGCACGCCGAAAAGCGAGUCAGAAUACGUCGACGUCACAGAGAUAAUGUGUUCCACGUCGAGACCCGUCACAAAUAACGGCUUUUGCGGCCGAGUAAUGUCCACUUCUGCGAGAUGCCCAUCUCGCAGUCCCAGAACAAGUGUGGUACUGGAUACCCAGUCGCAGGAGAAAAUGUCAAACUCAGGAAUACUGAUAAGCACAGAUGGAGUAACGAGGCAUGAAUACCGGCCAGAUUCAACAAACUGCUUAUCAACCUUUAGUACUCUAACAAUCCCAUCUUUGCAUACACAGGCCACCAAGCUGAUAUCCAGAUCUGAGCUGAGAAGCCAUUUCAUCGAUGUGACAGCUCCAAAAGGUAUAAUCAUCGUCUUAGCGUGACUGACUGUUCGUUUGUCUAUGUCCACCUCGUACACCUGUAUCGCAGCGUCAUAACUCUCUGGCUGGCAUAUGGACAAUUCCUUGCGCACCGAAGUGUCUGUUCCAGCCUGGUCUAUGACGGAUAUAAAUAAAUAGUACUUGCCAUCAAUGGGUUUGUUCAAAAAAGAGCUCACCAGAGGAAUGCCGCCAGUGUUCACCACAAAGCCCUCUCUCAAAACGCUAUUAGUCGGAUACUGCGCAUAGCCUUCCGCUUUGAGCAGUUUGCGUGCACCAUCAUUAAAUCCAAACUUGACAGGCAUUGUUAAAUUGAUGCGCAAACACACAGCCUCAUGGGACAAUUGCUCUUCAAUAAUAUCUCCAAUGCCAUCGGGAAUCGCCUUAAGCGGCUCAAACGGAUAUUUUUGCACUAGCUUAUCAUUGACAUGGAAGAUGUUCGGCUCCAUCAGAUCCCGUCCUAGCUGAAAUUUUCGAGCAUAGGACCGGUUCAAUGCGUGGAAAUGUAAAACCCUUGUCUCUCCCUGAUGCGUGCUUUUGAAUCCCGGCCUCUGAUGCCAGGGGUUAGAUACGAGAGGUGUCAUUUCCUGGUAAUACUCCUGUUCAAGGGCGCGGAAGAGAUCGUCAUCUAUGACUGUCUUGGACCGUGGAUUUGAGCUCUUCUUUUUCGCAACAUACCCAGGCGGCGGUACCCAGUUUUUCGGCUUGCGGCCCCUGGUCUCUUUCUUGAUCGGCGUCUCGUCUAGUAUGACGCGAUCAUUCCCAGGCUCUUCCUCGGAGUGUUCCGUUGUUUUCACCUCCGCAAACGCAGUGAGCAGCUUUUCCGCAG